AAACUUGGCAAGAAAUACAUUUGAGAUUUGUAGGCAAUAAAAGUACAGGACGAUUCGAAAACAAAGCAACAUUUAAGAAAAAAUCCACGUGGUACGUGCGUGACUCGUGAUGACGUAGGCACGUUUCAUCAAGCACACAGGUGGCUGAAGAAGUAGAAGAAGAGUCCCAGCAGCAGCUUCAGUGGCCUGAAAAUGGAGAUGCCUGGAGUGACGAAGACGUUGAGAGCAAUAUGGACUGCGGGUUUUUGCAGGCCAUGGCGGAGGAGGAUGAGGAGAUCAACAUCUACAAUGAGGAGACCUUUGGCAUGGACGUAGACGCACAGAUGAUCCCAGAUGACCCUAACUACACCCUCCUCCAGUUUGGCAAGCCGCUGCCUCGGCCACCGACGCCGCCACCUCCACCAGACCUUAGACCUGUGUCCCCGGAACCGCCAUCCCUUCACAGCUCGCCCUCCCCUCCCAGAACGUUCCCCCAGUUUGUGCCCAGGCCCCCCACAGGGCAGCGGGUUAGAGGGCGAGGGCAUAGGAGGGGGCUGGGUAGGGGUCCCAUCUUUGAAGACCCUGCUGUGAUGAGGAUAGUGGAGGGACGGCCGAGCCUCAAGAGUCUUGAUAGCGCCAUAGUGGACUGUGGGAAUGUCAUGUACCACCGUUCCUUUGAUGAGGAUUGGUUGGCACCAUCUUAUAGGAAGAACCGAAGAAUCUCUGGUUCAGUACUUCAGGACAGUGCAAUAAUAUGUGUAAUUGAGGGUCAUAGAGGCAGAGGGCAGCACCUGACCUCCAACUUCCUCGAUCCUGCAUCUUCCUUCAGGGGCAGGAGAGAGGUUGAAUCAAGGGGCCCCUACUCAAGGCGUCAGUUUGGCCUGAGAGACCAGUCACAGAUGCAUGCACCCAUGGUACUCGGAACCCCCUUCUCACGGCAGCCACUAACCCAGAGGCAGCACUACAAUCAGACAGGGGGAUUUAUGUAUCCCACAAACCGUCUGUGCCCCUCCACACCGCGGUCCUUCACUCCUAAAAUGAUGCAUCUUCGCUUCGGGGCCAACUCGCCAAGGCCGUCCUCCUUCUACAGCCCCUCAACUAAUCAGGUGCAGCACUUCAGAUAUCCUGGACCAGUCACCCAGCUCCACCCACAACAUAAACGCUUACUUGGCCAAAAACAGAGCAUAUUCCAGAGAAAAAUGGAGGGCUGGGAUCCUUACUGUAAUCUGAUGACAGCCAAAGAGAAGGAGUGGAUCAUUAGGCUACAGAUGAUCCAGCUGCAAAGUGAGAAUCCAUACCUUGAGGAUUACUAUUAUCAGGAGUAUUACCGGCGAGUAGAAGCAAAGCUGGCUGAAGAGGAGCUGGGCAUCAGGAGCAAGAGGGAGCCACCCAAGCUGACAACACCUUACAUAAAACAGACAGACGCAUACACACCAGUGGUACACAUUGAAGGUUCCCUGGGUCAAGUCGCUGUAUCCACAUGUUACUCUCCUCGCCGCGCCAUUGGUGCUGUUCAUGCUGUCCAAGCUCAGGGUCCACUAGAGGAUCAAAAAGACACCCGACGGCAGCGAUUAGAGGUCCUUAGCAAGAUUGAAAAGCUAUUCAUCGUUCUGUUAGAGGUGGAGGAGACAAACAGGAUGAAAACGAAGAUCUUGUCUGAUGUUGAAGAGAGGAGGUUGAUGGAAAAGACCCAGAAGAAGGUGGAGCACAUCUUCUCCCAAAUGCAGCACCAUGACACUUUAGAUUUAGGAGGCGAGUUUCUUCCAUUCCUGGUUGUCUCAAAGGGCAAAAAGCUCCUUGCCCGUCUCAUGCCGUUCCUGAAGCAUGACUCAGCCAUAGAGAUCUUGACGAUUGUGACCUCCAACCUUCCAAUACUAAUGAGCAGAGACACUGAAGAGACCCUUCCAGUGCUCUACCCACCUCUUCGAAAUGUGAUUGGCGGCUUGACCUUCAGUCAGCUGAUUGGGAUUCUCAGAGUUCUGACAUCUGAGACGUCCGCCAACGAGUGCCUCUCACUAGCGUGCCAGAACAAGUUUGGCCUGUCCUUGCUUUACGCUUUGCUGUCCCAUGGAGAGAAGUUGUUGUCUUCUGGUGUUCCACUGGAGCCCAGCAUUGGAGACUUUGAGAUGUGGACUGACACAAUAUUCCAGGUGGCGCGACAGCUUUCCCAGUGUUCGCUGGUGGAGCCACUCCUCCUACCCUCCAACCUGCUGACACUCUUCUGCCGCUACCUGGACAAGCGCACGGUGCAUCAGCUGAAAAGCAACAUGGAGUCUGCAACAGGAUGCCUAGCACUUCCAUCCUGAGAUGGAUGGAACCCAAGGAGAGACCCUCACGCCAAGUGGCACUGGCACAAAAGACUUGCCAUUGUUUAUUCCAACCAAAGCUAUGUCAUUUGUAUAUUUUGAUUCUUAUUCCUAGCCCCCCUUCUACCUCACAUUUGUGCACACCCAGAAACUGUUUCCCUUUUUUUCAUUUUGAUUGUCUUUUAUUUUCCUCUGGUCUCAAGCAGGUUCAAUUUAGUGUUAAUUACGCUGAAGUCUGGUUCCUGUCCAUAUUUAUAUAUUUCCAAUCAAAUUGCGUUGGAUCAGAAAUUGGUGAGUAGGUUGAUUGUAUAGUAAUUGAUGUACAGCCAAACCUAUGUUAAUAGUAAUCACUAAGGUUGUUGAGGCAUGGCCCCAUGCACAUUAACCAUGCAGUUUUCAGUUUUUUUUUUUUUUUUUUUUUUUUUGUAGAAAGGCAUGACUUGUGUAUACAUGUAAUGUAUUUGAUGUGGCCUUUUAUUUAUUAAUUUGGAAACGGCAAUCAUUUAAAUCACACCCUUG